UCCCUUUCCCAGUAUGCUCUCUCUAGGAGACGGCCAUGGCGGAGUAUGGUAGCAUCCUCACCCCGGCGGCGCUCGGCCUCGGCGCCGGACACUCGCCUGGGCCCAAGGUGGAGGCUUUCGCCGACGCGUUGCAGAGGGCGCGGCAGAUUGCUGCUAAAAUAGAUGGGUCACAUCUGAACAAUUCUACUCCUGUGGUAGAUCCUGCUGUCUAUGGCUAUGGGACUCAGAAACGGACACUGGAUGAUGGGGUAGUGAAUCAACUCGGAAUGGUGCAUCAAAGGACUAUAAUGUCUGAAGAGUAUAAAGUGCCUGAUAAAAUGGUUGGAUUCAUAAUUGGCAGGGGAGGAGAACAGAUAUCUCGAAUACAAAUGGAAUCUGGCUGUAAAAUACAGAUUGCACCUGAUAGCGGAGGUCUUCCAGAGAGGUCCUGCACGUUAACAGGCUCCCCAGAGAGCAUUGAAGAAGCAAAAAGACUCUUAGGACAGAUUGUGGAUCGAUGUCGGAAUGGACCUGGCUUUCACAAUGACAUUGAUAGUUCUAACAGUGCUAUACAAGAAAUACAAAUCCCAGCUAGCAAAGUGGGCCUUGUCAUAGGGAAAGGAGGAGAAACCAUUAAACAACUGCAGGAGAGAACUGGUGUAAAAAUGAUCAUGAUUCAGGAUGGACCACUUCCCACAGGUGCAGAUAAACCACUGAGGAUUACAGGCGAUCCCUACAAAGUGCAACAAGCUAAAGAGAUGGUCUUGGAAAUAAUUAGAGAUAAAGAUCAAGGUGAUUUCAGGCGGAAUGAAUUUGGCUCCAGAUUGGGUGGAAAUAGUAUAGAUGUUGCUGUACCUAGGUUUGCUGUUGGUAUCGUAAUAGGAAGAAAUGGUGAAAUGAUAAAAAAGAUUCAAAAUGAUGCUGGUGUCAGAAUUCAGUUUAAACCAGACGACGGUGUUAUGCCAGACAGAAUUGCUCAGGUGAUGGGACCUCCAGAUAGGUGUCAACAUGCUGCUCAUAUGAUUAAUGAACUUAUUCACACUGCCCAGGAGAGAGAUGGUCAAUCUGGCUUUGGUGGUCCUGGAAGAGGACGGGGUAGGGGUCGUAGUGACUGGAAUGUGGGACCUCCAGGUGGAUUGCAGGAGAUAACGUACACAAUACCCGCUGAUAAAUGUGGCUUAGUAAUUGGAAGAGGUGGAGAGACUAUAAAAAGCAUUAACCAGCAGACCGGAGCACAUGUAGAAUUACAGAGAAAUCCACCACCAAAUUCUGAUCCUAAUAUUCGAAUAUUCAUCAUUCGUGGAGCUCUACAACAAAUCGAGCAUGCUAGACAAUUAAUAGAAGAAAAAAUCAAUGGGGGGCCUGGUCCUGGCGGCCCUGGAGGAUUUAACACGAACCCUUACAGUCAAGGACCACCUGGACACCAUCAAAAUGGUCCUCCACAAGCCUUUAUGACACAGGGAUGGGGCAGUACAUACCAACCCUGGCAGCAACAAGGACAGCAGGAUCCAAGUAAAACUGCACAGCAUUUGGGUACAGCAGCCUGGUCAGCCUACAUCUCCCAGUUUUACCAGCAGCCUAGCCAGCAACAACAAGCAACAAUGGGGCAGAACUCUCAACAAAAUUCAGCUCAGGCUACAGGAACUACGCCAGGGACUCCACAGCAGAGCUCACAACCAGAUUACAGUGCAGCCUGGGCAGAGUACUACCGACAGCAAGCGGCAUACUACGGACAGGCCACACAAGGGCAGGCCCCUGGUCAUCAGGAUCAAUAAUUUGACGUCCUUGUGAAGAAAUUUGAACCAUUAUGGAUGUGGAGCCUUUUUUUAAUAAAGGGUUAAAGAUUUAUGGCGCCUUGAAGAAGAAAAUCUUAUACUUUUGUUUCUGAACACUAGAGAAAAAAUACUUAUUACGAUAACUUUCUAGAAUUACCAUUAAUGGAGUAAUAGUGAAGUCGAGGGGUGCAGAUGUAUGUUACGGAUUGAACACACGGGGACCCUUAAACCAAGACCACGGUUUGGACAGGCUAAAAUGCAAAUGGUUGUUUGUUCUGUUUUUUAAAUUUUUUUUAAAUAAUUACUUCCCUACAUUGGCUGCACUACAAGAUAAGUUUUUAAAAGUAUAAAAAGUAGUGUAGAUGUGGGGUCUCAAAAGGUGGUGCAUUGUUGAAAUAUAUACAUCCCUGUGAUCGAUGGGUAGGAAUAUUGGUGCUGGUACUACAUCUGAUAUGCAGUGCUGGCAAAGCAUGAGUCACAGGUAUCGGUCUCGAGUUUUGUACAGUAUUGACCGAAUGGUACUAACGACCACAGUAUAUAUAUAUAAUAUAUAUUAUAUAUAUAUUUAUAAUAUGUCUCACUUUUGUGAAACUGUGCCUCCAUCCCUAUGUGACUGGGCACUAAAUACAAAACUGUGUAGGACUGGUAAAUUUUUGUACUGGUCCGUUAAUUCUAUUGUGUGGGGAAGGAGGGGAGACUAAGCAAAAGGAAGUUAGCACAACAGAAACUUCUUUUUAUAAGGAGUUGAAAUGAGAACUGUGAAUAAUAAUUUAAUGCUUUUUCCAAAAUACAUGUUUUACGUAGGUGACUGUUGGCAAAGAUGAAAUUUAAAAAAAUGUUAUGUAAAAAAACGUUAAAAAAAAAACAAAUUUAGGCACAUUUUGUAAUUGAUAAAUGAAACUGAACAGCAGCAGGGUGCACAUCUGUACAUGGAUGUAAUGGAAAAAUACUGCCAUUCACAUUUUAGCCUGCCUUCUCCCCGUUAUCCCCACUUCAAAAGAGACAUCCUGACCUGAAAGGGGAGACCCCACGAGUUUAAGACUUGAUGAUCAUACACCUUUUGAUUCUGUCCUGCAAUUAGAUUGCAUCUGUCUGUAUAAUUGCCUGAAAAGAAAAGAUGAGAUAAAUAAAUGAAAGUACAGGUUUUAUUUUUUAGUAUGAAUAAAAACCAAAAAAGGUUGGUUGUGUUUGGUAUACACCUCCCCAAAUAUGGACUCGACAAAGUCUCCACGAGCCAUGCUAAUGACUAUUUUUUAAUUCUUAUUCUUAAGUGGUGUGAUCUAAUAUGUAUGAUUAUGUUUAGCAAGUGAAUGAAUCCUAGUAUUAAUUACGUAUGUGAAACAAAAAAUUACGUUGAUUAAAAAAGGGAUGGUUAUUAAGUUGAAGCUGUUUAACUUGUAGUAUUUGCCUUUGUACAGUUAACAGUGUAGAUAACCAGGAACUUCAGUUCUGUUUUUAAUGACCUGAGGUCUCCUGGACAUUCCGUUUAAAUUGUACUGAUUUUUUUCUAUUAAUGCUCGAGAUAUCUAACUUUGGGAAGUGCGACUGGUUUAAAAAAAAAAAGAACAGCUCUGUGCAGCAUGUUAAAGAGAUGUAUCCCUUUUAUUUUACUGACACUUGCAUUUUACACUCUAUAAUAAAAUGUCCACAACAUUUCUUUGUGGGAAAUUUGGCCUGA